AUGAGUGCCGCCAUCGCAAUGGCUCCGUCCCCAGCUCCCCAUGACCGGUCGUCGUAUGUCGAUAUCGCCCCAUCGGCGCCUCAGCAACCUUCCACAUCUCCUCCAGCACAUCGCAUAUCGACAUCGGCUACCCCGAAUCAUUCUGCGCAGCGGACAGGAAGUGGCAGCCCAAAAACCACCCCGGCUUCAAAGAGUUCGCCAACUACGUCUCGAAACGGAAUCCCGCCAAAAAUAAUCGUGAAAAAGGAACCUCCGUCCUCGCCAGACCUCCCAACCUCUCGACACAGGCCUCGAAAACUCGACCUCUCGAAAAACACUUCCAGCACAAACCCCGCGACCUCGAGACCAUCUGCGGGUCAAUUGACUUCGAGAGGAGGAGAGAGCGGUGGUCUUUUAAUUCACGACGUCGGCUUGGCGUGUCUGUCCCCCGGUUUUGUUACCCAGGACCCUACCAUGAGGGAACAGCUGCAACGCAGCAUUUCAGUCCGGGAACAGCAGAGGCAUAUCAUCGAGUCACGGUUACAACAGACGGCCAAGCCAGGAGAUGCACCCAUGGAGAGUGCAAAGGAGCGAGAACUUGGCGGCUCGGGCUUCCCAGUCAAAACUCCUGGGACGUCAAAAAGGAAGGCACCUCCAGGACUCAGCAUUGUAGCACCAUCUCACGAACAGUUCGCAAACGAGAGAGUAAUUCAAUCCGCACCUCUUAAUCAAUCCUUCACUGGACGCCACCAACCACACCCUCUCACUCGACAUGUCGCGAAUCAACCUUCAAACCUUUCCAACACCUCACAUAUCCACCACGUCCCAGCAACACAGACGGCGAACCGACUACCACCGAUUACUGACGUCUUUGCUGCUGAAGGUCUGGGUGCUCAUCGUGAAGCCCAAACCAGCCGUGCAGCUUUCUUCCCAAACAACUCCGGCUCUGCAUCAAACUCUUCACAUUCAAAUUCAAGGCCCACAUUCCCAUCGCCUGGACAGAGUAACAACCAGCCGCCACACUCAGCCAGACCCCGUGAAUACCGGUCAGCUGAAGACGCACAGGUAGAACUAGCUGGUGGCCGACCUGAGCUCCUCCCCAAAUUGGUACACUAUGGUGGGCAUCAACCUCCCACUCCACCAUCUCCUCUCACCGGAAACGCCAUGAGACAAGGCGAGGCAAGCCGCAGUGGAGGAGGCAGGAGGCGAGCCCGCGCAGAAUACGAAGAAGGUGGAAGCCCACCACUUGGAUCUGGACCUUCAGCAACGAGACGAGGACCUUUCGGUGAAGGCCGUGACAGCCCUAUGAGCCAGCAACGCAAGAAGGAAGAAUUCAUGCGUCUGUGUGAUCGAGCCUGGGAUCUUUUCCACUCCUAA